AAGUACUACACUUGAUCGGCGAGCCCGACUUUCGCGACGUGCGGCUUCGCUGGGAAUACGGGCGAGUUGAAGAUGACCAUCAGCCCAAGCUCCUGGCUUUCCAGGUCAACUAUUGCGAAUUACAGGCCUGGGGCCAGUACCGCUGCCGGACUAAGGUCGUCGAGAACAUAGAAGAUGACAAAGCACGCACCAUCGAAUCAUCGACGACGCCGGCGCCGCGGCGCGGACGCGCGUACAGCACGCGUGUCACGGGCCUGCGCAUGGCGACCACCUACUCAUUCGAGGUGCGCCCGGUCAGGCGCGACGCGCGCGACCUCGCCGAUCCGCACUCCAUCGGUUCCAAAAUCAUCAUCGUGCCAACAAAAGGAUUUUCAGCUCGAGCGACUCAAUGCUUACCGCACGCCAGCGAGGUGGAGGUGUCAACCGGGCCGUACUUCGGCGGGCGCAUCGCCGUGGAAGCCGCGGACGGCGGCAGCGGAGCCGCCGAGCGCUGCUCCCUGCAGGGCAACCCCAAUAGCGCCCAGGACGCGUACAUCCUGCGGUUCCAUCACGACGAGUGCGGCUCUGAGGUCAAUGACACUACGGUCGCUACUUAUGUCAUCGUGCAAGAAAAUCUCCCAAUACUUACGCACAGCACAAGACGUUUCCUGGUACUCUGCACAUACAAGCCGGAGACCCUGACCGUCCGCGCCGGCAUCAACUUGCCCAAGGCCAACCCCGGCGACGUGCUGCUGCACACGAAGCCCCACCCGGGCUCCGUGGAGCCCUACGACGAUGAUGAUUAUAAUGAGCUGCAGCCGCUUAGACUUGAAGCGAGGAAGCAGGAGAGCGAGUCCAGUAUGUUUGGUGAAGUAUCUCUGGUCAUGUUCUUGGUGGUGGCCGCAUUCGGCGGCAUCGGACUCCUCAUUUGGAAGAUGGUUCCGCGGUCGGGUGGCGACGACGUGUCCAUCUCAACCGCGUCCACCUUGUCUCGCAGCAGCAUCUUCGGUAGGCGGAACAGAGACAGAUUCUCUGACGGCACAUCCAUUUACUCUAUCACAUUAUCAGAAAAAGACGACGAUUACGUCAAGAAACCAUGCGAGGGCGAUAACACAUCUGAAGCUUAAAUCUUGUAUUCAUUAUACAGCGUGUUUUGAUCUAGAUUGUAGCUAGGUAAUCAUACUUAGUUUUUAUUGUCUAACGGACAUUUGUGGGAAUACGAGAGAUGGGACAAACCGAGCCGUUAGGUUUAAUCCUUGUCGGAACAAUUAGCGCUCAACCGCAGUAACCUAGAUCGGAUCAUUCACGAAGACGCGGGACUUGAAUCGUAUUAUCAUAUUAUUAAAGGUUAUAUUUGACAAAUCUGUGCAUCAUCGUAGAUGACAUGAAAUAUAGCUGAGCAUUUUACAAUUUGUAUGAAAUUAAAUAUGUACAGUCAAGUGUAAAAAUAUGCGUCCACGCAAUUUACUCAAAAAUAUGUCCUUAUAGCUCUUAAUUGGCCGACAUAGGAGCCAUGGGACAUAUUUUUGAGCAAGUUCUGUGCACCCAUAUCUUUACACUUGACUGAAUAGAUUGUGACGUUAUAUAUAAAAAGGCACAUGAUUGCCAUAGGAACUUACGGUAUUCUUAACGAUAAGUAGACUUAUUAUACCUAUACGUUGAUAAAAUUGGUGCGACCUGAAAAUAGGCUGAUGAUGUUGCUUGUCCUUGGGGCUUGCUUCAUUUUUAAAUCUGUAGUCAGGAAAAAAUAAUUAAUCAUUUUUGUCUAAAAGUACCUGUUUUAGGAUGACUAGUAUUUUUACGCAGCUUGGAUACGGUGACAGAUGUCAUCAUACCCAAGACAUGUGAAAAAUAGUGUAGAACUAUAUAUUUUACUCUAGACCUAUAGUAUUUUUCUCUCAUUGCUAAUUAAUAGAAGAUAUAGUUAGUAAAAAGACUAGGCCAGUACCUAGGUGUUUUAAUAAUUUCAAGAGCUCACUCCUCACUCGGCUAUCUACUGCCAGCUGCCAGAUAACGCUACUUGUUAGUUGUUACUAAGUUUUACAGAUGUGCUUAACCAAAUAAUAGUACAUUAUUAUCAUUAUAUUAAGGGCGUGAACUGUUGUUACUUCAAUAAUGCUUACCUUAUAGGUACACCUUCCUGUUUAACCCUUUGAACGCCAAGGACUGAAAUGUGCCCACAGAACUAAUUAAUAUAAGGUUGACAUUUGCUGAAUUGGCUACUAUCGGGCUGGCUAUUGGAUCGUAGACGCAAGUCCACGAUCUUAGCGAAUGACUCACAUUUCAUGUAUGCCGUUCUAAGAGUUAAAAAUCCAAGUACAAUCAUAUUUAAUGAAUGCGUGUAUUUUGAUGGACUGAAACAUAAACCAAGAAUGAGACAUCUUCUUUGGCUUUUAAUUUAAGAUUGUAAUUGUAUUUAGGCUAUAUAUAAAUUAAUUUUAAGUGAAACCAGUGUGAUGAAUAAAAACAAUAGGAAAUAC